CUGUGAAAACCUUGACUGCGGAUUGUUAAUGAAAGAAUAUAUACCUUUCUUGCGGUAAGAACGCUGGUUACAAAGUGUCGACAUGCGGAAUUUCUUUACCUCUCGUGGACUUCUUCACUGCUGUACCACGUCAAGGAGUUCGCUAACCAUUUACGCGAGCUACGCGUCUAACCAUAAGAAGCAGCGGCUGCCUGGGGGUGUUCGGCGACGGAAGACUUCCGAUGGGCGGCAAGAGAAUUCCCCUCCAGAACUUGGUGACAAGCUUAAUGUGGAUAGAAUUAAACAAUUUGGCCAGGAAAGCAAGCCGGCACAACGAUCGUCUCCGUUAACGCUCGGAAGCAGCGCUGGCGACGUCCCUGAAAAACGGAAGAAUCCGGAGCUUUACUCCAGCCUAAAGGGUGUCCCACACAACGCCUCAACGCAUUCAGAAGCAGCCCCUGCCGCCGACUCAAUCGUCCAGCGACACCUGCCCUCCCACGACAGUCAAACCUUGCCGCCGGCUUCACCAGAAAACUCCUCCGCAAUUAGCUACCUGAUCUCCUCUCCAUCGUCCAUUACAGAUGCCCCUGCCGUGCAGCCGCCUCAGCGCGAGUCGAAGUCCCGCGGCCAGGAACGGCAGCACGAGCAGCAGCUGCAGCAGCGAAGCCCAGCAAGGGAGCGUCCCUCGUGCCCUUCGCCACCGCCGCUGCCCUGCAAACCGGAGGUCCUGGCGCCGGCGGGCGGUUGGCCUCAGCUACGAGCGGCGGUUGAGAACGGGGCGGAUGCGGUCUACUUUGGAUUGGAGGACUUCAAUGCGCGAGCAAGGGCCGCCAACUUUUCGUACGACGAGCUGCCGGAGGUGAUGUCGUACCUGCAUGCGCGCGGCGUGAAGGGCUUUGUGGCGCUCAACGUGCUCGUGUUUGACGAGGAGCUGCCCGCCCUGGAGUCGCGGGUUCGAAGCAUGGCGGAAGCGGGCGUGGACGCCGUUAUCGUGCAGGACUGGGGUGUGGUGUCCCUGCUUCGCCGCGUGGCUCCCUGCCUGCCGGUGCACGGCAGCACGCAGAUGAGCAUCACCAGUGCGGAGGGCGCGGAGUGGGCCGCGGGGCUGGGGGUGGAGCGGGUGGUGGUGGGGCGCGAGCUGAGUGUGCGGGAGAUCGGCAAGGUCCGCGACGGCCUAGCUGCAUCCUCCACCUCCACCUCCACCUCCUCCACCGCCCCCCCCGCCGAGAUCGAGGCCUUCGUGCACGGCGCCAUGUGCGUGUCGUACAGCGGGCAGUGCUUCAGCAGCGAGGCCUGGGGCGGCCGCUCCGCCAACCGCGGGCAGUGCGCGCAGGCGUGUCGGCUGCCGUACGGGCUGCUGGUGGAUGGGGUGCUUCGGGAGCUGGGGGAGGUGCGCUACCUGCUGAGCCCGCAGGACCUCAUGGCGGUGGAGCAGGUUCCCGAGCUGAUUCGCGCGGGAGUGAGCUGCUUUAAAAUCGAGGGGCGGCUGAAGGGACCCGAGUACGUGGCGCUCACCACUCAGGUGUACCGCCGGGCGGUGGAUGCAGCCUGGGAUGCCCUGGCGGCUGCUGGCGGGGCUGCGGGCUUGGCUGACAGCCGCAACGGAGGCGACGGAGAAGCGGCAGCAGCAGCGGCUGCAGAGGCGGCGGUGAAGGGCAUCAUUUCGAAGCAGCAGCGGUGGGACUUGGAGCAGGUGUUUGCUCGCGGUCAGGACGGCACCCACCGCGGCCUCACCCCGGGUUUCCUGGAGGGCGUACGACACCAGCGGCUGGUGCGGGGCCGCUCGCCACGCCACCGGGGGGUGUUUCUGGGGCAGGUGAAGGAGGUGACGUCACGCGGGGUGGUGCUGCAGCUGCAGGCACCCCUGAAGCGAGGUGAUGGAGUGGCCUUCGACGCGGGUAGGCCGGAGGAGGAGGAGCCGGGGGGCACGGUGUACGAGAUUCUGGAUGCGCGCGGUAAGAGCGCCGUUGGAAGAGGCGGUCGCGGCGGCAGUGAGGGCAACCAGCCGGUUCGUCCGGGUACCUGCGUAACUGUGGUUCUGGGGCAAGGACCUGCACAGUCUACCGAGAUCUUGCAACGCAUCUCCCCCGGCGACCUCGUGUGGCGCACCAAGGACCCCUCCCUGGAGUCCCGCCUUCGUUCCUCGUACGACAACCUAGCCACCUCCGAAACCCGGCGUGUGCCGGUUUUCGUUGCGGUUUCAGGGCGCAUUGGCAGCGCGCUACAGCUAAGAUUAACGGAUUCGGAUGGCCGUACGGCGGUUGCUGAGACAACGGUUCCUCUGGCGGCAGCGAGGGGCCGGCCCAUGGUUGCGGAUGACGUGGCGAGGGCACUGGGACCACAGCUGGGGGAUGCCACGUUGGCGGUGGAUGGAGAGCUGGAUGUACGGGAUCUGGAUCUUGAAGCAGGUCUCUUCCUGCCAGCCUCCGAGCUCAAGUCCGUACGGCGCCAGGCGGUGGAGGCCCUGCUGGCGGCCCGCAGCCGCCACCCCCGCGCGCAGGGCCUGGCGGAGGCGCCCGUGCUGCCGGGGCUGCUGACGGCGGCGCGCGCAGUGCCGCCGCCAUCCGAGGCGUUGCGGAUGCUGACGGGCAUGUCGUGCACACGGCUGGAGGGCGGCGGCGGCGGCUCCGCAGCGGACGAGGUGGAUGUGGAGCGGGUGGCCAGCGGCGCAGCCGCUGGCCCCAGCGGCAGAGCCGCCGCUGCCGCAGCCGCCGCAGCCACGGCGGCCUCCGGCCACCGCAGCGGCCGAGCCGCAGCCGCUGCUGAUGACGUGUGUUUGCGGGUGCUGUGUCGCAGUCGCGAGCAGGUGGCGGCGGCGGUGCAGGUGCCCUGGCUGCGGGAGGUGGUGCUUGACUUCCUGGAGGCGAUGGGACUCAAGGAGGCGGUGGGCGCGGUUCGUGCAUCGGGCCGCCGAGUGGUGGUAGCCACCCCUCGAGUGCUCAAGCCAGACGAGCAGCGCCUGUGGCUGUUCUACCUGAGGCUGGGGGCGGAUGCGCUGCUGGUUCGCAGUGCGGGCAUGUUGCACCAGCUGCAGAAGCUGGGAGGCCCUGGCGCUGCCGUACCCGACGUGCCGUACCCCAUUCCCGCGUUGGAGGGCGAUUUCAGCCUCAAUGCCGCCAACGUGCUGUCGGCCUCCUUGCUACUGAGCGGCGGAAGCUCUGUCGUCCCCAACACAAGCCCCGCCAACGUUACGACCCACGCCGGCAUCGCCAGCACUACCGAGUACGCACCUGCGAGUAGUCAGGAGCACCAAAAACAGGACCAUCAAGGGCAAGAGUUCCAAGGGCAGGUUGAUCAAGGGCAGCAGCAAGAGCAGCAAAUACCGUACCAUCCUCGCGGCGGUUUGCUGCGUCUGGCGCCCACACACGACCUGCACGCCGGGCAGCUUGUGGCGCUUGCGGGCGGUUUGGGCGGGCGGGCAGCGCAGCUAGAGGCGGUGGUGCACCAGCACCUGCCCAUCUUCCACACGGAGCACUGCGUGUUUUGCAGGUUCCUGUCCAGCGGCAACAGCUACGUGGACUGCGGCCACCCCUGCGAGCGGCACCAGCUGCACCUGCGCGACCCGCAGGGGGCAGACCACCUGGUGCUCGCGGACAUGGGCUGCCGCAACACGGUGUUCAAUGCGCAGGCGCAGUCGGGAGUCUUCUACAUCCGAGAUCUACUACGGGCGGGGUAUCGCACGAUACGGAUUGAGCUGGUGGACGAGCAACCCGAGUACGUGGCGCCUUUGCUUGAGGGUUACAGGGAUGUGAUUCUGGGACGACGAGGACCCGGCGACCUGUGGCGCUGGCUUGCAACCCUGCCCGACGCCAACGGGGCGGUUCACGGCGUCGAGGCGGGCUCGCUACAGGUGCACAAGGAGCGCUCUCGGGGCGGUAUGAAGCCCACGGCCGCGGCGUUGAAGCAGCAGCUGCAGCAGCAGUCGCAACCGGUAGCCAGCAGCCUUGUAGGGCAGGCAGCCGCAAGCCGGAGACGAUAGUCUUAGGUAGCGAAGCAGAGGAGGUGUAGAUACGGCAGCUCAGCAAGAUGGACUUUAUUGCUGUAGGUAGCUGGAUUACUUUCCUGGGUUCCUUCAUAUGAGGUAUGACGGAUGUUUCAAGCAGUUAGUAGGCUACUUGACUCUCUAGCAUGUGCUAUGACUCCCGCUGCCAUUACCCAUUAAAGUAAGGCUGUGCUGUCCCGUGAACCGACCUCCUCAUGGGCCGCUUCAAUAACCGUUGGGUGCUUGGGACGUG